CAAAAGAUGCACUCUUAUUAAUCGGUCGAACCGUAUCGACCACACGAAACCUCAAUCGGGUCGGAUCAAUUACAGGCGGCCGCUACAGAAUUUCAUUAAACAGCGGAAGUUGGGUUCCUUUUUUUUCCUCUCGCUGUUAUUAUUUUGAGGGGCCGUCCGUCGUCAGUCUCCGUUGAGAUCCAGCGUAUCUAGUUGUCCGCGCCUCCAGCUUCUCGCCAUGGGGAUUAGGGUUUUCUCCUUCCUCUUCGCUAUCCUCCUCGUGGCAUCUCCCCUCGUCCAUGUUGUUAGAUGCGAGGCGGAUGCAAAUGAGGUAGUAUCCGAAGAUGCUGGUGAACUUGGCAUUGUUGGUGAUGAGGCCCAAGACUUCAGUGACAGUUCUCUUACUUCAGCUGUUGGAGUAGAUACUAUAUGUGUUUUCCCCAAAAACCCAAAAAGAUCUGUUCCAGCAGGAGAGGAGACUGAAUUGCUAGUUGGAAUACAAAAUGAGGGUGAAUCUAGUUUGAAUGUCCUUGCUAUCAGAGCCAGCCUCCACUUUUCUUUUGAUCACAGCAUGUUGGUUCAAAAUCUUACUGUGCAGGAGUUCUACAAUGCUACUGUGCCAUUAUCUUCUCAAGCAACCUUCCCCUAUAUUUUUGCUGUCAGCAAAUAUCUGCAGCCUGGCUUAUUUGAUUUAGUUGGUACCAUAAUUUAUGAGAUUGACCAGCACCCAUAUCAAAGUGUCUUCUAUAAUGGCACCAUUGAAGUUGUUGAGGCAGGAGGUUUUCUCAGUGUUGAAUCCAUUUUCCUUGUGACCAUUGGUGUUGCCCUUCUUGGCUUUCUUGGACUCUGGGCCUAUGGUCAGAUACAGAACUUGUCGAAGAAAACAAAAAGAGCCCCAAAGGUAGAAGUAGGCACCAAGACCACAGAAGCUAAUAUGGAUGAGUGGCUGCAGGGAACUGCAUAUGCGCAGUCUCUUUCAAGCAAGUCGAAGAAGAAAAAGUGAAUUUACAUGUCCUUACGGAUUAAUAGGGCACUGAUUUGUUGUAGUUUGUAAACUACAGUAGUUUUCAUAGAGGAAGAAGAAUUUUCAGUUGCUUGCAAGACGUAGAGUUAAGUUUAGGUGAGGAGAAUAUUAAUAUGAGGUGAUACUUGAUAGUUCUGUUUCCUGUAAUACUUAAUCUGGGUACUGGAUUUAUUGACAGAAAAAAGGAAUGGUAACCCAAGCUGUAGAAUUUUGGCCAAAUUGUCAAAUUGAGCUGCCUUCAUUUUCAUAUCUGGGUACUGGAUUUAGUUA